AGAGAGAGAGAACCAACGGUGUUGAUAUACCUAAUCACAUCCCCAAACUCCCAUCUCAGUCGUCUCCUCUCUGCGCACUUUUCCAGCGUCCGAUCUCCUCUCCUCGCCUCGAUUCUCCUCGCGCCCAAAUACAAAUUCUCAAUUUCUCAGGGUUCAUUUGGCGGCGGUUAUGGCGGACGGUCAGCAUCCGGCGAGUCCCGGCGGUGGCAGCCACGACAGCGGGGAACAUAGCCCCGGCCCCAGGUCGAAUAUUCGGGAGCAGGAUAGGUUUCUCCCAAUCGCGAAUAUCAGUCGGAUCAUGAAGAAGGCUCUUCCGGCUAGCGGUAAGAUUGCUAAGGAUGCCAAGGAGACUGUUCAGGAAUGUGUUUCUGAGUUCAUCAGCUUCGUCACUAGCGAGGCAAGCGACAAAUGCCAAAAGGAGAAAAGGAAAACUAUUAAUGGUGAUGAUCUUCUCUGGGCAAUGGCAACUUUAGGAUUUGAGGAUUAUAUCGAUCCUCUCAAGGUGUAUCUCACUCGAUAUAGAGAGAUGGAGGGUGAUACAAAGGGAUCAGCAAAGGCUUCAGAUGGCUCUUCUAGAGAUGCAGUGCCUAAUCCUAACUCACAGGGUCAACAUAUUGCUGUACCAAUGCGAGGCAUGGAGUAAAGGUGACCCUUCUUUGGGUGUCAGCAUCACACUCUUGGUCUCCCUGAGAUUGCGUUGAUUGGACUAACAAUGCAUUCUACAUGUAUAAGGUUCACAUGCUGUAAACUCUAAUAUUAUUGAAUUUUAAGCCCUUGUAACUUGUAAGUGUAGGAAUUUCAUGAUUUAUUAUAGUCAUUAAUGUAUUAGUGUGCCAGCAUAUUUGAUUUUUUAGUCUGACCAUAUUUAUCAUUUGUUUA